GCUGGUACUGCUCUAUCGACUCGCUCGGGAUGAAGUCGUUGAGAUAUUCGGUGCUAAUUGCGCUGCUCGUUUUCGGCGGAAGUGCGAACGGCAAAGAGAAAUGUCCGUGGCAGCCUAGCAAUAGAACUACACGUGUAUUUCUUCCUGAUGGAGUAUUACAAGGACAUGUCCUGAAAUCCUGGAACGGGAAUGAUUUUUUCGCCUGGCAGGAAAUUCCCUACGCUGCACCUCCGGUUAAUGCAAACAGAUUCAGGCCGCCGAAGGAGCCUCUACCAUGGCGGGGCACCGUCCGGAACGCCACCAAAAACACCAAAGUCUGCAUGCAGUACAAGCCCACGGCUCUCACUCCCGUGCCCGACGAUCUCACCAUGAGCGAGGAUUGCCUGUUCCUCAACGUUUACUCUCCGGUGAGGUCGGAUCCUAACGAAUUAAUGCCGAUUCUGUUCUUCAUCCAUGGCGGCGGGUUCUUCUACGGUUCCGGAGCGAUGCAGUAUUACGAUCCGAAGUAUUUGAUGGAUUAUGGUGUGAUUGUGGUUACGAUUAAUUACCGGCUCGGGCCGUUGGGUUUCCUGACUACUCAAAAUCCGACGUUACCAGCCAACAACGGGCUCAGGGAUCAAUUGCAGGCCUUGAAGUGGACCAUUAAGAACAUUUGCGCUUUCGGAGGCGAUCCCAAUAAUAUCACCGUCAUGGGCGAAAGUGCUGGAUCCACAUCUGCAGGAUUCAUGCAGUUGAGUCCGCUAACCAAAGGUAUGGUGCAGGGUUACAUAAUGGACAGCGGAUCUCCACUUUCCCCCUACGCGUUCCAAGAACGAGCCUGGUACUACGCCUUCAAACUCGCCAGACUUCUCAACAAAGAGUACAAAGCCGAAACAGAUCAGUUCCUAACAGACGACUUUUCGUCCGAAGAUGUGAUGUACGUCCUCCGAAGCGCCUCGGCGGAAAACAUAACAAACACCCAGGUGGACAACGACGAUUACAAAAUCAAUCCCAUCGCUGCGACGGUCAUAUGGCUGCCCGUCGCCGACGAUUUCGGCCCGGACCCUUUCGUCGACAUUCCCAUGGAGCAGGCUUUGAUGCAAGGGAGCUACAAUCAAGUGCCCCUAAUGACCGGCAUGACGUCAGAAGAAGCCAUGUUCUUCCUAAAAUAUAUACCGCCCGGUUUGGAGAUGGUGAUAAGGCAAAUGUACGACGCCAACGUGAAUCUGACGGUGCAUCCGCACCUGCGCAUCGCGUGCGAGAACGAGACGCGAGCCGGGAGGGAGUACAAGGAAAUUUACACGAACGCGUCCUUCGUGAAGGACCGAGGAGCGUUCGUUAAGUAUUUGGGCGAAGAGGUGUUCGCAACUCCCAACAUGCGGCACGCGGAGUUGGCUUCGGCGUAUAGCAGCGUGUAUUUGUACGAAUUCGCGCAUAAGGGAUCGAUGGGCGGGUUCCCCGACGAUCCUGAUAUUCCAGGUGCAAAUAGAGUGGGGCAUACGGAGGAGCUGCAUUAUUUGUGGGGGGGCGCGGAGGGGGUCAAGAAGGACCCUUGUACGUACCCGCUGAAGGAUCAACUGACGAUGAAAAGGAUGCUCACCCUUUGGACUAAUUUCGUUAAAUAUCAAAAUCCAACUCCCGAAGCUGAUCCGCUGUUCGAUGAAGUUUUGUGGCCGCGAGUGAAACCCGGCGAAAUGAAUUAUUUAAUGAUCAACGAUAGUUUGGCGCCUUCGAAAGAUCCAAAGAAUUAUAAACGAGUUAAGGAAGUAUUUGAGAAAUAUAAAAGUGCUCCUUACUAUUCAUUCUAGUUUUUAGUUGUGCAUGUAUAAAUAAAUUAUUUUUUAUAU